GAGGAGCUCAGAACACGACACAGCCACUUGUUUUCUGGAGUUCCGGACCAGCACCUUAUUAUCGAUCACUUGGAAACUAAAAACAACUGCGUCUUUGCACCAGCUGACUGGAAUUAACUGUGAGGAUUUCAUCCGCUCUUCCUCCAGAGGAAUCUGCUGAGGAUUACUUUGCUUUGUUUAAAUAAUAAUAAUAAUAAUAAUAAUAAUAAUAAUAUUAAUAAUAAAACUUGUCCAAAACUUCCGCCUCGUAUGGAAGCCAAAAGGACUGAAGAUACGCGCAAAUAAGGAGUUCCUGCGCGUUAAGAGCGCACCUCCACUGUGACGGGACACUGUGCAAACUUUCUCCAUGAGUGUUUGAGGCGGGCUGCACAAACCUGCGGAGCUUUGCCUGGUUGCUGGAGUGCUGUCACCACAAUGGCACGCUUGUGUGCGCUCAUGGUUGUGAUUCUCUCGCUUCUCACCUGCCAGAUUUUGUGCUCGGGGGUGUUUGAGCUGAAGCUGCAGGAGUUUCUCAACAAAAAAGGAGUAACGGGGAACGCAAACUGCUGCCCCGGCUCGGCGCGUCCGCAGGCUCACCAGCCGUGUGAAUGCAAGACUUUUUUCCGAGUGUGUUUGAAGCAUUAUCAGGCCAGCGUGUCCCCGGAGCCUCCCUGCACUUACGGCGGAGCUGUGACACCCGUGCUGGGCUCCAACUCCUUCCAGGUGCCGGAGACCAACGCGGAGAGCUUCACCAACCCUAUCCGGUUCCCCCUCGGCUUCACAUGGCCGGGGACAUUUUCACUGAUCGUUGAAGCCCUGCACACUGACUCCUUGGAUGACCUGACAACAGACAACCCAGAGCGCCUGAUAAGCAGGAUCACCACUCAGCGUCACCUGACUGUGGGGGAAGAGUGGUCCAAAGACAUCCAGACAGCAGGCAGGACUGAGCUGCGUUACUCCUACCGCUUCCUCUGUGAUGAGUACUACUACGGUGAUGGCUGCUCUGUCUUCUGCCGGCCCCGAGAUGAUGCCUUUGGGCACUUCUCCUGUGGUGAGCGUGGAGAAAUUAUAUGCAACUCUGGCUGGAAGGGACAGUACUGCACUGAACCAAUCUGCCUUCCCGGCUGCGAUGAAGAGCACGGUUUCUGUGAUAAACCAGGAGAGUGCAAGUGUCGUGUGGGUUUCAGCGGGCGUUACUGCGAUGACUGUAUCCGUUACCCAGGAUGUCUCCACGGCACCUGCCAGCAGCCUUGGCAGUGUAACUGCCAGGAGGGUUGGGGUGGACUCUUCUGCAACCAGGACCUGAACUACUGCACGCACCAUAAACCAUGUCAGAAUGGAGCUACCUGCACCAACACCGGUCAGGGCAGCUACACCUGCUCCUGUCUACCCGGAUAUACAGGGGCCAGCUGUGAGGUCCAAGUCAACGAAUGUUCUGGAAACCCCUGCCUCAAUGGUGGCAGCUGCACUGACCAAGACAACAGCUAUAAGUGUACAUGUCCGCGGUUUUACGGCAGCAACUGUGAGCUGAGUGCUAAUAGCUGCGCAGAUGGGCCUUGCUUUAAUGAAGGACACUGCGUUGAUAACCCUGAAGGUGGCUACUUCUGUCAGUGCCGAAUGGGAUACGCUGGCUUCAACUGUGAGAAGAAAAUUGACCACUGCUCCUCUAAUCCCUGUUUAAAUGGUGCAGAAUGCGUUGAUCUGGUUAACUCCUAUCUCUGCCAGUGUCCUGAGGGAUUUUUAGGUCCUACCUGUGAGGCCAGCAGUAGCAGUAGUAUCUCAGGAUACUGUCUGUACUUCCCUUGUCAGAAUGGUGGGACAUGCCAGGAAGGAGUUAAUGGCUACACUUGCUCCUGUCCACCAGGCUAUACUGGGAGAAACUGCAGUUCCCCCAUCUCCCGCUGUCAUCACAACCCCUGCCACAAUGGUGCUACCUGUCAUGAGCAUGGGAGUCGGUAUGUGUGCGCUUGUGUGCCUGGUUAUGGUGGUCACAACUGCCAGUUCCUGUUACCGGAGGUUGCGAGGGGUCAGCCAGCAGUGGAGGAGAUGGACCGACACUAUUCUUCCCCAGAAGGUGGAAAUAAUGAAGAUGAGGAGGGGGACAGCGGCAGAUUCCCCUGGACAGCCGUGUGCGCCGGUGUCUUCCUUGUUCUUGUUUUGCUGAUUGGCUGCUCUGUGCUGGUGGUCUUCAUUCGUGUCAAACUGCAGGAUAGGCACAGUCACCAUGGAGACAGUAUCCAAAGUGACAGCCAUGAAACUAUGAACAACCUGACAACAACCAACAAUUGCCUCCGCAGUGACAAGGAGCUGGGUGCUAUGAUGCCAGCAUCGAUUAAAAACACCAAUAAGAAGGUGGACUACCAUUCAGAGCUUGCUGGAUCACUGAGUGGACUGAGUGGGAUCAGCGGGCUCAAUGGGCUCAGCGGGUCAGAGAAGAAUGGCUUUAAAUCGCGCUACCCCAGUGUGGAGUACAACUUGGUCCAUGAGCUUAGGCCCGAGGAACUGUCAGCAUGUAAAGAAGAGGAGCAUGAGGAGUCAGAGGUCAAAUGUGAGAUACUAGAAGACCAUGAAACAGAGGAAACACACAGGAAGAGACGAAACAGUGAUGCAUCAGAAAUGACACAAGAAGAUGAUCCUGCAAGCUGCAGUGAAACAAAAUAUCAGUCAACCAGCGAAGUUGAAUACCACUGUUCCAGCGAUGGCAGAUUCCAGAGUACCACUGACACCAAAUACCAGUCUGUGUAUGUCAUAUCUGACCAGAAAGAUGAGUGUAUAAUCGCUACAGAGGUAUGAUACCAGGAAAGACAAGACCAGGUUCAUGUGGUUGAUGCCGGUCCAGACCAGCUCUGAGCAGUAGAGCUCAGCUUGUCUCCUGCUAUUUGCUGCUGUUUCUUGGGAAUUGCAGGGAGGACACUGAGAAAGCGCGCUGAGUCACUAUGGACAUGGCCAGGACUACUGCAGAUGAAUAAUGGACAUUUUUGGCCUUUGAUGACUGCAGUUUGAAUACUGACCUAGUGCUAUGGACAAAGUACCACAUGAUGUAGUACUAGCACUUGCACUGGUACAAACAGAGUUAGGGCAGAACCUUACUUGAGAAGUGAAACGUGACUGCUGGAGAACUAACAAAGAGCUUGUUUCAAGUCUCUUGGCUGCAGUCCUGGAAGAUCUACUGUUCACACCAGGAUGAAUCAAAUUCCUGAAUGAUUUUAUCCUUAUAAUUAAAGGAAUAUUGAUGUGGAUUUUGACAUAUAUUGUAGUACUAUGGAGUACUAAUUGAAUGAAUGGUAUAUUACCUUUGGAGUACUAAGAACAUUGAAGUACUGUUUGUAGUACUGUUAUGUGAUGUGGUUGUACCAUGCAGUGUAAAAACUGUAACAGAUAUUGGAAAAUACUUGUUCUGUGUGGUGCUGCAGAAACGAGCCGAAUUUUUCAUUGGAAACUCAAAUAUUUAGACUUUCCUGACGAAAAUUUGUCAUUUCUGAUAGAGGGACUUCAGCAGCAGCACUGCCAGAGAUGGUGUUGGCUGAGCUGGUUCUCAGCAGAAAAUACUCCAGUAGUGACUACAGAUUGAUCCAACAUGGAUCCAGUUGGGCCAUACUGGCCUCCGACCCCAUGAGCGUUGUGAUACAAUGAGCAACAUUUUGAGCAGGGCGACCUGGGAAACAGUCUCAGCACUGGAGAACAAACAAAGGGAGAUAUAGUGAAGCAUAUCAAAUUUAAGGGCUGUUUAAACACGUCAUAUUGAUGAAAACCAUGUAAUCUGCCUUUUAAAAGUUGAACACAGUUGGGUUUUUGCAUGGUUCUAUGUCUGUGCAUGCAGAUAGCCCAUACUGGAAGCAAAAACAUUGGCAUAUAACAGAAGUCCUUAUCUGGACUCCUGCUUGCUCUGAGACACACCCACUCAAAUGAUGUGUGAAACACACCCACAGACACAUACGCCCUCUUUAAAGGGAAGGGUCUCUCAUUUCAAGCAACUCAGUUAGAUGUAAUUAAAUGAGUCUUUUGCUCCCUUUGCUUGUUGCUUCAUCAUUUAACAAAUCAUUCUGGGAUUGUUUGUUUGAAAUCAGUGCAACAGCGCUCCAACAAUUCAUUUGGCCAAAGUUGCUUGACAGAAUUUUGUUUUAGUGCUCUGAUGUCUGAUGCUGUCAUGUUUCUUAACGGACAAGUCUUACCUGCCAGGACCUCAUUGCACUAAGGAGGUGUGUGUUUGUUAUCUAAAGAAAGAUGUAUUCCUUUAACUUAAUUAUGUAAUUAUUUGUGUUCAAUUUGUGUGAUUUUUUUUCCUUUUUAUGUUGGGGGCAGACGGGGAUAAAUCUGCUAUAAUUUAAGUUGGGUUGUUUUUAUUUUGCAGAUAAUGUAUGUAUAUAAGUAUGUAUGCAUGUAUGUGUUAGGCACUUGAGACCACUGUGACUGUGUUGUAUUUAAGAGAAAAAAAACAUAUGUACAGAGCCUUUCAUUUUUAUUACUGGAAACACAUCAAAAUAUUUUCCAAAAUUAAAAACAAAUGAAAUAUAA